CUUUACCAACAGGGCCGCUUAUGCCAGCUGGGUAGUGAAUUUUGUGAACUAGAAGUUUUUGCAAAGGUGCUACGAGCUUUAGAUAAAAGACAUCUGCUUCAUCACUGUUUUCAGGCUUUGAUGGACCAUGGAGUAAAAGUUGCUUCUGUACUGGCCUAUUCUUUCAGCAGACGGUGCUCCUACAUCGCAGAAUCUGAUUCUGCUGUAAAAGAAAAAGCAAUCCAGAUUGGUUUUGUUUUAGGAGGCUUCCUAUCAGAUGCAGGCUGGUAUAGCGAUGCUGAGAAGGUAUUUCUUUCCUGCCUUCAGUUAUGCACCCUUCAUGAUGAAAUACUUCAUUGGUUUCGUGCAGUAGAAUGUUGUGUAAGGUUACUGCAUGUUCGAAAUGGUAACUGUAAAUAUCACUUGGGAGAAGAAACAUUCAAACUAGCUCAGUCUUACAUGGACAAACUUGCAAAACACGGUCAGCAAGCAAACAAAGCAGCUCUCUAUGGGGAGCUGUGUGCGCUGCUUUUUGCCAAGAGUCACUAUGAUGAGGCUUAUAAAUGGUGUAUAGAAGCUAUGAAGGAGAUCACAGUUGGCCUGCCUGUAAAAGUAGUAGUGGAUGUUUUACGACAAGCUUCAAAGGCUUGUGUUGUGAAACGUGAAUUUAAAAAAGCUGAACAGCUGAUAAAACAUGCAGUAUACCUUGCGCGGGAGCAUUUCGGAGCCAAGCACCCCAAAUAUUCUGAUACGUUACUAGACUAUGGAUUUUACUUGCUCAAUGUAGACAACAUAUGCCAAUCAGUUGCAAUCUAUCAGACAGCUCUUGAUAUCCGGCAGUCAGUAUUUGGAGGUAAAAACAUACAUGUAGCCACAGCUCAUGAAGACUUGGCUUACUCUUCUUAUGUUCACCAGUACAGCUCUGGAAAAUUUGACAAUGCACUGUUCCACGCUGAACGUGCUAUUGGCAUUAUAACUCAUAUUCUCCCAGAAGACCAUCUUCUCUUGGCAUCUUCCAAGAGAGUUAAAGCACUUAUCCUGGAGGAGAUUGCAAUAGACUGUCACAACAAGGAAACUGAGCAGAGAUUACUUCAAGAAGCUCAUGACUUGCAUCUCUCCUCACUCCAGUUAGCUAAAAAGGCAUUUGGGGAGUUUAAUGUACAAACAGCAAAACACUAUGGCAACCUUGGAAGACUGUAUCAGUCCAUGAGAAAAUUUAAGGAAGCAGAGGAAAUGCACAUCAAAGCAAUUCAGAUUAAGGAGCAGCUUCUAGGUCAAGAAGAUUAUGAAGUUGCCCUGUCAGUGGGACAUCUAGCUUCUCUCUAUAACUAUGAUAUGAGUCAAUAUGAAAAUGCUGAAAAGCUUUAUUUGAGAUCCAUAGCAAUUGGAAAGAAGCUUUUUGGUGAAGGAUAUAGUGGACUUGAAUAUGAUUACAGAGGUCUCAUUAAACUGUACAAUUCUAUUGGCAAUUAUGAGAAAGUUUUUGAGUACCACAAUAUUUUGGCCAAUUGGAACCGGUUGCGGGAUCGGCAGUUCUCGGUUACAGAUGCUCUGGAGGACGUAAGCACCAGCCCUCAGUCCACUGAAGAAGUGGUCCAGUCUUUUCUCAUGUCUCAGAACGUUGAUGGACAGAGUAGCUAAGGAACUUGGUCAAUUAACCAGUUAAGGUUUUUUUUUUUCCCCCAGAUUACAGGGGAAAGUCAUACUGUGAAAUCUAAACCAUGUAGUUCUCUGGGGGCUGGAAUUUGCAUUGAAACACUGGUCCAGUCUACUGAAGAGUGCCCAUACGGAUGAAUGUGUGUUAAAUUCUUAAUCAGCAUGUGUAUGGCAUGUUUAGUUCGGCUCAGAUUUUGAACUUGGUAUUCCAGAAAACCCCUUCUUUUUCUCUUCUUUCAAAAGAAGCUACUUUGCAGAAAGUCUGCAAGAAAGCAUUAAAUAAAACUGUUUGAGUCCAAAAGAGUUGCAUUCUUAUUAUGAAUGGAAGGUUUCAUCAAGAGCUUUCUUCUGAAAAAUAGAAAGAAUAAACGCUGUACUAUAAGAAAUUAUACGAGAAAGGUCUUUCUACUGUAUGCAUUGUAGCAAAGUUAAUCACAAACGUUUAAGAAAAGGAGAAUGCCCUAGCCUUGGCUGCUGCCUUAUGAAGAAAAGUGGCGAAGAACCACUUUGGAAAGCAACAUGCUCUUUGUGAACCACGAUAGGUUGUUAAGCAAGUAGCCACCGUAUGUUGUUUUUAAUCUCCUGAACUGGACCAGUGUUCAUCUGUAAGUGAUAGAAGAUCCAGUAGACCAGCAAUCUUAGUUUUCUUUGGUACCAACCAAGAGUGCUAAUCUUCAUAACAGGACCAGGAAAAUCAAAAGUGGACCAGCCUGCUAGAAAAAGUUUUUGGACCAGUGGCUUUAAUUUAAUAUUUCUGCCCCUGCAUUCACUUUUACGGUAGGAUUAUUUCAUUUAGAUGUAUGAUCAGUGCAAAAUUAUAUUCAUGUAAUAGAUACAAAACUAGGAAGUGAACGUUCUUUAGCAGUUGCGAUGGCAUGUCUUUAACUAGUAAGCUUGUACAGAUAUUAAUGUCAAUGCCACAAGCAAAAACUAGAAAUGCUUAACUAUUUGCCGCAGCCAUCUGAUUUUCCUUUUUUGAAUGGGCUUACUCUAAUAAUUGAGGCAGUAACUUGUUUAUACCAGCUAAUAGUUUUGUAUUACAAUCCAGUUCAAUUUUGUUUCUGGAGAAAACAACUUAUUGUACAGUUUGCAGGGGUCAGUGGAAAAUGCCAAAAAGCACAACAGGUCUUUUUUGUGAUGCUUCGUUUCUACAUUAAACGAUAGUACAACCAGAAACUGAUUCCUUUAUGUUAAUUUAAAAAGCAGAAGUCAGCUAUAAAGAUCCUUUAAUAACGCCUAUCUCACUAGCUUGUCUUAAUUUUUCUUGUUUUGUGGGGGGCUACUUUGUUGUGUGGUUUUUUGUUUUUUGGGUUUUUUUGUGUUUUUUUGUUUUCCAGUUGAGGUAAUACUCUGUUUGAACGUCUGUGUAACAUAGCAAACCAGAAACAACUCACUGUUGUUACCUCAGUUCUUAUUAUAGUGGCACAAACAGUGCUCCUAUAGUUAGGAUUUUGUCAGUUUUGGGUUUUCUCCCUUCCUCCCCUAUUUUCAGGGGGUUUAUAACUUGGCCGUGAAAGUUCAGUCCAAGCUGAGGCUCAGCAAGGAAGGUUCCUACGGGACUUGGACUGGAUGUUUUGUUUGGGGGUUGUUUUUCAUUUGUUCAUAAAAGUUUGGGGCAGGGAAAGCUGCUUGAAGGUCUUCAAGAGAGAGUGCAGAGAAGAAACAUAGAAAUUUCAGACACUACUUUGAGCUUACUGGCUCUUCUAAGAACUGAAAUGUUACAGGCCAAUAGUUCAUAUACUAGUGCCUUCAAGUAUCUUUUGGGGGGGAAAGGCUGAAUAAUACCAACUUUUAAAAUGCAGUUAUGUAAUUAGUGAAUGCAGCUUUAAUGAUUGUAUAAUUGGAAUAUUUUCAAUAAAGUGAUAGGAAGUACUUGCAUCAAAAAAACUGUGGCAUUAACGUGUAGACUGCAGUAUAUCCUCAAAGGCUGUUCACUGAAAAUCCAGCUUAAAAUCAUGCAUGGAUUUAAAUUCUGAUUUCUUCAUAGCAAUAGUGGUUGCUUAUGUGAGGGCUUUAGAUAUCGCAAAAGAUUUGGCUUACUACCAUGCAAAACAUAUUUAGCCCUGAAUGUUCAUACAGCAGGGCACUGAUGGUUUAUAAAAUUUCUGAAUUCUUUUCUUAAUUCAUAUUAAAACUAUUUAAAGUGAAAUUAGGUAGGUAAUACUAGUAUUGGAACUUGAGCAGGGGGAGCGUUAAGAUUGUCCUAGACAAGUUGUGUAAUUUCUGUACUGCAGAAGUGUUUAAAAGCCUCAAACUGGGUACAUGGAUUUACGUUGUCUGGAGAUAUCAUUUGCUCAGGGUUUGGAAUCUUGGGUCUCUGCUUCUAGUUUUUGGCAGAGGACCCUCAAAGUCCUCAAGGUUUCAUUUGGAAUGGGGCGCGUUAUUUAAGUGAUGCUGGUAAAAGUGCUCUGCGUGAACCAUUGCUGUGGUUUUGUUUUGUUUUUCCUCCUAGCUCUCUAUGGUUUGUGUCUGUUUCAUCCGUUGCCUUCAAUUUAUGGCCAAUAGGAGAGCUGCUGACGUGGGGCAGGUUAGGGAGGUGUUAUGCAUCUCUCCAAUAACCAAACACAUCAGUUAAUUAACUUAAUCAGUAAGCUUUUUCUGUCUUAUCAAACCUGCUGGCUGCAUGUGCUUUUCUUUCUUGCUUACAGCUGCUUCAUGAGCUUAUUGUAUACUUUGGUGUAUUUAAGGCUUGUCUGGAAGGAAUUAGGGUCCUAAAAAUCACUCGGAGUUCUCCCUGAUAAUAGGCUUUGGCCAAAAAACAUGACUUUGACAAGAGUAUUUGCAGUGAUCCUUGUAGGACUACUAGCAUGCCUUUCACGUGACUGAACAAAGUACUGACGUGACUGUUGGGUUGAACUUCUCAUUAUAGCACCUUUGCAGCUCCAGUCGUGCCACAGCAUGUUAAUUUUGGUGGAAGAUAGCUGUGGCUGAUUGCUAAAGUUUUCAAAGCACAGGAGGUUGCAGAACAACUUUGUAGCUGCUUACAAAAUGCCUUGUUGCCUGCUCUGCAUGCUGUAGUUUGAAACCUUGACUUAAUGCUUUCCCUGCUGCAGAUGCACUCUUCAUGUCAUCAUACUACAACUGUCGCUUUCUUUGACUUUUAAAUCUAUGUCUUAAAUUGAGUUCUCAGAAGAAAUUAGCCUUCUGUAUUGGCAUGUGGACACAAUAUUUGAAAUGCUGUGUUUUUUAGUCGUUUCCCUACUCUGUGAUUGUCUCUGAUGGCACAGCUUGUUGUUUCCUCUCUUUGAGAAAGUAGAAGUCUAGUGCAGUUGGGUGACUUUGGAGCAAGGUAAAUGCACCUUCAGGGACAUACCUCCAGAGUAAGAUACUAAGACAUGUCCUUCUGUAAAGAUGUGGGCAACUCCCAGGUGAUUGCAGUAAAUUUGCAGGUGACUUGUAAAAAUUGCUUCGGUAUUUCAUGACUUCUGUACCAGGCAGAGCUGAAGGAGCAGAGGGUCUAUUUCCCCCAUGCCUUCCUCCUACUGGUAAAUCCAUGCUGUGUGGCUUUUCAGUGCAGAACUUAUAACACAGACCUCGCACCUUCCUCCUCCCAGUGUUAGAACUGAGGAAUUUUCUUCCUGUCUUACCCCCAAAACAAGUCUUGCAUGCAUGUUUAAAUGUAAGUAUUGGGGAAGGGGCUAUAUGGACAGCCUUGCGCUUUGGGAGAACUCAUGCCUCCUGUCACUGAAGUAGCCAGCUACGAAA